AGCGCUCGCAUGGAAACACAAUGUUUGAACAUAACCUCAAAGGAUGAUUCUUUUCUAUGCAGAACUUAGUAUGUUAGAAAGUUGACUCGCACGUAUAUAUUUGAGAAAAUAAAAACGCGAUAAUGUAUUAAUAAUUACAAAGAUGACAAAUACACUUGUACAACAAUAUGUCCAACGACUUAAGUCAAGACAUGAAGAAUCACGUACUAAAGCAGCUAAGGAGCUAUGUUUUUAUGUUAAGACAGAAUUACGUGAGGUAUCUCAAGAAGAGAUUACCGCAUUUAUGGAUGAAUUCAAUCACCAUAUAUUUGAAAUGGUAUCUAGUUCUGAUAUGAACGAAAAGAAAGGUGGGAUAUUAGCUAUUAUUUGUCUUAUUGGAGCUGACGUUGGUAAUAUAAAUACACGCAUAAUAAGAUUUGCAAAUUAUUUGAGAAAUCUCUUACCGUCUAAUGAUGUUGGUGUUAUGGAAUUGGCUGCGAAAACUGUUGGUAAAUUAGCAUUAGUUUCUGGAACAUAUACAGCGGAGUAUGUUGAAUUUGAAGUUAGACGUGCCUUCGAAUGGCUUGGAGGUGACAGGAAUGAAGGAAAGCGUCAUGCAGCUGUACUUGUACUCAGAGAACUUGCUGUAUCAAUGCCAACAUAUUUUUUUCAACAAGUUACUCCUUUUUUUGAUCUUAUAUUCAAUGCAACGCGUGAUCCAAAACCUGUGAUAAGAGAAGGUGCUGUUGAAGCUUUAAGAGCAGCAUUAGUUGUUACUGCUCAAAGGGAAACGGCGAAACAAAUGCAUAAAUCACAAUGGUAUAAACAAUGUUAUGAUGAAGUUAUGGCAGGAUUUGAAGAGUCAUAUUUAAAAGAAAGAGGAGUCAAUAGAGAUGACAGAGUGCAUGGUUCAUUAUUAGUAUUAAAUGAAUUACUAAGAUGUAGUAAUGUACGAUGGGAAAUAAAUUAUGAAGCUUUGAUGGAAAGAUUAAAUUGUUCUGCACAACAAAAUGAAAAUGAUAUACAAUCAUUAAUGCCUAGAUUAAAAACAACAAUAGUAUCUAAAUGGGCAGGAACAUCUCAAAAUUCUUCUGGACCUCAACAUUCAUUAUAUUCGAUACAUGAAUCAGCUGUUUGUCGAUGUUUAAUGCAAGAAAGAUUAGAUGAUAUUUAUACUGAUGUGAUGAAUCAAAGAAUUUCGAGAAAUCCACAUAUUCAACAUGCACUAAUGAUGUUGUUACCAAGAUUGGCUGCAUUUAAUAAGCAAAAAUUUACACAGGACCAUUUAAAAGAAUCUAUGAACUAUCUUUUAAUGACCUUAAGAGCUCGCGAAAAGGAUAGAUAUGCUGCAUUUAUGACUAUUGGUUUCAUAGCUGUUGCAGUUGAAGAUGCAAUAAAUCCAUAUCUUCCGAAAAUUAUGGAGGUUAUUAAAAGUUUACUACCAUCAAAAGAGACACCUAACAAAAAACGUGGAAUAUCCUUGGAACCUGCAGUAUUUAUAUGUAUAACACUUUUAGGACAUGCUGUAAAACUAACUAUUGCAUCUGAUGUAAAGGAUCUUUUAGAACCAAUGUUAGCAACUGGAUUAAGUCCUAUUCUGACAACCUCUCUUAGAGAAUUGGCACAUUGUGUACCAUCUUUAAAACUGGACAUAUCACAAGGUCUCUUAAGGAUGUUGUCACAAGUUCUAAUGCAGAAACCAUUAAGACAUCCUGGAGCACCCUGGACUGUAGCUAGUCCUGUAUCUAUGCCAUCAACAGAAGUAGAUGUUCCUUCAACAGUUCUUGCAUUGAAAACACUUGGCACAUUCAAUUUUGAUGGUAAUCCUUUAUUACAAUUUGUAAGAAGAUGUGCUGAUCACUUUUUAACGUCAGAACAACCAGAAGUUCGAUUAGAAGCUGUAAAAACGUGUUCUCGAUUAUUAAGGUUGGCACUAAAUCAACCAGGACCUACAGUAACUAGUACCGUAUCUACAGUUCUUGGACAAUUGUUAGUUGUGGGAAUUAUAGAUACAGAUUCCGACGUAAGAAAAUCAGUUUUAAUUUCACUAAAUGAUUCAUUUGAUAUUCAUUUAGCACAGGCAGAAAAUUUAUCUGCAUUAUUUAUUGCUAUGAAUGACGAAAUGUUUGAUAUAAGAGAGCAAGCAAUCAGAACUAUAGGAAGACUAAGUAAUAUGAAUCCUGCUUACGUGAUGCCAUCCCUUCGUAAAACGCUUAUACAAUUCCUCACCGAACUAGAGCAUUCUGGAAUGGGUCGUAAUAAAGAACAAGCUGCUCGUAUGUUGGAUGAAUUAGUAGUCAGUGCACCACAACUUAUUCGACCAUAUAUGGAACCAAUUUUAAAAGUUCUUGUUCCAAAAUUAAAGGAAGCGGAGUCAAAUCCAGGAGUAAUAUUAGCAAUCCUUCGUGCUAUAGGAGAUUUAGCGGAAGUAAAUGGUGCUGAAAUGCAACAGUGGAUGCCUGAAUUAUUAUCAAUAUUACUUGAAAUGUUAGUAGAUGCUAGUUCACCAGAAAAAAGAGGCGUUGCUUUAUGGGUUCUUGGACAAUUAGUUGGAAGUACAGGACAUGCAGUAAAACCAUACAUGCAAUAUCCAUCUCUAUUAGAUGUACUUAUUAAUUUUUUGAAAACAGAACAACAGCCAGCUAUCAGAAGAGAAACAAUAAGAGUUCUAGGAUUAUUAGGAGCCUUAGAUCCAUAUAAACACAAAAUGAAUCUUGGACAAAUAGAUUCGCAAUUGGAUAUACUUACAUCAAUGGCUGAUACUAAAAGUGAAGUAGAAAGUACACAAGAUUUGACAACUAGUGAAAUGUUGGUAAAUAUGUCAUCACCCACCUUAGAAGAAUAUUAUCCUGCAAUAGCCAUCGCUACUCUUAUGCGUAUCAUUCGUGAUCCCACAUUAGCUCAACAUCAUACGAUGGUAGUACAAGCAGUGACUUUUAUAUUUAAAAGUCUUGGUAUUAAAUGCGUUCCAUACAUCUCUCAAGUAAUGCCAAGUUUCUUGAAUGUUGUACGUUCGACAGAUGCCAAUUUUCGAGAAUAUUUAUUCCAACAACUGGCUAUUCUUAUUGCUAUUGUGAAACAACAUAUUCGUAAUUAUCUCGAUGAUAUAUUUAAUUUGAUUAAGGAAUUUUGGAUCGUCAAUAGUCCUCUACAAAGUACACUUAUUCUUUUAGUUGAACACAUUGCAAUAGCUUUAGGAGCAGAGUUCAAAAUUUAUUUACCACAGUUAAUGCCACACAUAUUAAGGGUAUUGACACAUGAUACUAGUAAAGACCGUGUGGUAACAGUAAAGUUGUUAAUUGCACUACAAAAAUUUGGAAAUAAUCUUGACAAUUAUCUUCACUUAGUUCUUCCACCAAUCGUGAAGUUAUUUCAUGCAACUGAUUGUCCUAUAGCAGUGAAUAGAAUAGCACUAGAAACAGUAGAUCAUUUAGCAGAUACAUUGGAUUUUACCGAUUUUGCAUCAAGAAUCGUUCAUCCGUUGGUAAGAACAUUGGAUCAAUGUCCAGAAUUGAGAAGUAUAGCGAUGGAUACGCUUUGUGCUUUAUUGAUACAAUUGGGAAAAAAAUAUCAAAUUUUUAUUACAUUGGUACAAAAGGUCAUGACAAAACAUAAAAUUAGUAAUCCUCACUACGAUGUUUUAGUUGAUAAAAUUCUCACAGAAUCGACUGUUGCGGACAGCGAAGAUUUCUUGUUAAUGAGACAUCGACAUUCAAGAAAUAAGAAUCGUGAUUUACCUUUAGCACCGUCAGAUACAGCAACCAUUAAACGAUUACAUGUAUCAGCUUCAAAUUUACAAAAAGCUUGGACAGCAACCCGUAGAGUAUCUAAAGAUGACUGGCUUGAAUGGUUAAGAAGUCUUUCUAUUGGUUUACUUAAAGAAUCUCCAUCUCCAGCAUUAAGAUCAUGUUGGGCUCUUGCACAAACUUAUUCACAGUUACCACGUGAUUUAUUUAACGCAGCAUUUGUUUCCUGUUGGACCGAACUCAAUGACACAUAUAGAACAGAAUUAAUUCAAACACUUCAGCAAGCAUUAAUGGUACCAGAUCUUCCUGAAAUAACUCAGACGAUAUUAAAUUUGGCCGAAUUUAUGGAACAUUGCGACAAAGGACCAUUACCAUUAGAUAAUAAAAUUUUAGGAGAAAGAGCAAUGCAUUGUCGAGCUUAUGCUAAAGCAUUGCAUUACAAAGAAGAUGAAUUUCAUAAAAGUAGAAAUAGUAAUGUAUUUGAAUCGUUAAUUUCAAUUAAUAAUAAACUCCAACAAAAGGAAGCUGCAGAAGGUUUACUUGAAUAUGUUAUGAAUCAAUACAGUCAGCAAGAUCUUAAAGUUCAAGUACGUUGGUAUGAAAAACUUCACAAUUGGGAUAAGGCGCUUCAUUUAUAUAAGGAACGUUUAGAAAGUGAUCCUACAGAUGUGGAAUCUACUUUGGGUGAAAUGCGUUGUUUGGAAGCACUUGGAGAAUGGGGACAAUUGCACGACGAGGCUACGAAACAAUGGUUAAAUCAGAAUGAUGAAAUAAAACAAAGAAUGGCUAGAAUGGCAGCAGCGGCUGCAUGGGGUUUGGGUCAAUGGGAAAGUAUGGAAAAAUAUAUCUCACUGAUACCAAAGGAUUCUCAAGAUGGGGCUUUUUACAGAGCAGUAUUAGCUAUACACGAUGAACAAUAUGAUGUUGCUCAUCAGCUUAUUGAUAGUGCUAGAGAUUUAUUAGAUACAGAAUUAACUGCUAUGGCUGGUGAGAGUUAUCAAAGAGCUUAUAAUGCUAUGGUGGAAGUUCAAAAAUUAGCAGAACUAGAAGAAGUAAUACAAUAUAAGCUUGUUCCAGAAAGAAGAUCUACUAUUAAAUCUAUGUGGUGGGAAAGACUUCAAGGAGGACAGAAGAUUGUCGAGGAUUGGCAAAAAAUAAUACAAGUUCAUACUUUAGUUGUUUCUCCGCAAGAAGAUAUGUAUACGUGGCUUAAAUAUGCUAGCCUUUGUAGAAAAAGUGGUAGCUUAAUGUUGUGUCAUAAAACAUUAGUUAUGUUAUUGGGUGUAGAUCCCUCAUUAACACCAGAUCAACCUUUACCAACGACUCAUCCGCAAGUAACAUUUGCUUACUGUAAACACAUGUGGGUAGCAAACAAACGAGAGGAAGCAUAUAAUCAACUGCAAAGAUUCGUACAAAAUUCUCUGCAACCAACAAUAGUAUCGGUAAUAAAUCAAGAAAAUGAAAAAAUACAGGACGCAAGAAAAAGAUUGCUUGCAAGGUGUUAUCUAAAAUUAGGAGAAUGGUUAGAAGCUUUACAAGGUAUUAAUGAACAUUCUAUACCCGCAGUAUUAUCUUAUUAUGCUGCUGCAACAAAACAUGAUCCAACAUGGUAUAAAGCAUGGCAUGCUUUUGCUUAUACUAAUUUUGAAACUGUAUUGUUUUAUAAACACCAACAGGGUGAUUCUAAUAUCGAGAAUGCUUCCAACAAUGGAACACGUAAUAAUCUUUCUAGCCCUCAAUAUGUAUCACAAUUUACUGUUCCAGCUGUGGAAGGAUUUUUCAGAUCAAUUAAUCUUUCACAUGGCAACUCUUUACAAGAUACACUUCGGUUACUUACACUAUGGUUUGAUUAUGGUCAAUGGCCUGAAGUGUACGAAGCUAUUGUGGUAGGUAUCAGAUUAAUCGAAAUUAAUACGUGGCUACAAGUAAUACCACAACUAAUAGCAAGAAUAGAUACGCCUAGAACUUUAGUUGGACGAUGCAUUCAUCAUCUUCUUAUUGAUAUUGGAAAAACGCAUCCACAAGCAUUGGUAUAUCCAUUAACAGUAGCUUCGAAAAGUGCGAGUCAUGCUAGAAAAACAGCAGCAAAUAAAAUACUAAAAAGUAUGUGUGAACACAGUCCUACUUUGGUUCAACAAGCUAUAAUGGCGAGCGAUGAAUUAAUUAGAGUUGCAAUCUUAUGGCAUGAAUUAUGGCACGAAGGAUUAGAAGAAGCUAGCAGAUUAUAUUUUGGAGAAAAGAAUGUCAAGGGGAUGUUUGAUACAUUGGAACCAUUACAUGCGAUGUUAGAAAGAGGUCCACAAACUUUAAAAGAAACAUCUUUUAAUCAAGCUUAUGGAAAAGAUUUAAUGGAAGCACAAGAGUGGUGCCAUAGAUAUAAAGCUUCAAGAAAUGUUAAAGAUUUAAACCAAGCAUGGGAUGUGUAUUAUCAUGUAUUUAGAAGAAUAUCAAGACAAUUGCCACAGUUGACUAGUUUAGAACUUCAAUAUGUAAGCCCAAAACUCCUUCUUUGUAGAGAUUUAGAAUUAGCUGUACCUGGGAGUUACAGUCCAGGUCAACCUAUAGUCAGGAUAGCAAGUAUUCAUAGCUCGAUGCAAGUGAUAACAAGCAAACAACGACCAAGAAAGUUAUGUAUUAAAGGUAGUAAUGGUAAAGAUUAUAUGUUUUUACUAAAAGGACACGAAGAUCUCAGACAAGAUGAACGGGUAAUGCAGCUAUUUGGUUUAGUAAAUACACUUCUAUUACAUGAUCCAGAUACUUUUAGAAGAAAUCUUACUAUUCAGAGAUAUGCAGUAAUUCCAUUAUCAACAAAUAGCGGUCUUAUUGGUUGGGUUCCACACUGUGAUACGUUACAUACUUUAAUCAGAGAUUAUAGAGAAAAAAAGAAAAUACUACUUAAUAUAGAGCAUAGGAUAAUGCUAAGAAUGGCACCAGACUAUGAACAUCUUAUGCUUAUGCAGAAGGUUGAAGUUUUUGAGCAUGCCUUAGAACAUACUCAUGGCGAUGAUUUAUCACGGCUUUUAUGGUUGAAGUCACCAUCGAGCGAAGUGUGGUUUGAUCGUAGAACAAACUAUACACGUUCUCUCGCUGUUAUGUCUAUGGUUGGUUACAUACUUGGUCUUGGAGAUCGUCAUCCAUCUAAUUUAAUGUUGGAUCGCUUAAGCGGCAAAAUUCUUCAUAUUGAUUUUGGAGAUUGUUUUGAAGUAGCAAUGACACGUGAAAAAUUCCCUGAAAAGAUACCAUUUCGCUUGACGCGAAUGUUAAUAAAUGCUAUGGAGGUAACAGGAAUUGAAGGCACAUACAGAAGAACUUGUGAAUCAGUAAUGUCUGUCCUACAUCGUAACAAAGAUAGUUUAAUGGCUGUGUUAGAAGCUUUUGUUUAUGAUCCCCUUUUAAAUUGGAGAUUAAUGGAUAAUACGACACUAAAGGGCAAAAGAUCAGAUGCACAAGGAAUGAGUUCUAGCAGUAGCCAGGAACACGGAGAUGUCUUAGACUCUCUUACAGCUACUUUACCAAAGAAGGGUGUGCCAUGUAGUGUUGAAAACGGAGGUGAUAAUAAUCAACCAGAAGCAUUGAACAAAAAGGCUUUAGCUAUUAUAACAAGAGUGAGAGAUAAAUUAACUGGACGUGAUUUUUCACACGAAGAAUCACUGAGCGUUCAACGACAAGUGGAUUUACUAAUUCAGCAGGCAACAAAUAAUGAAAAUCUUUGCCAGUGUUACAUUGGAUGGUGUCCAUUUUGGUAAAUUAUAUAUUACAAUAA